GGCAGCCAUUUUCCUGCUGGACGCCGUGUUCCCACCAUUGUGUGAGAGAUAGUAAAUACUGAAACUGCUAGACAACCAUAACAUUUAUUUCCUUGCGAAAAAACAUUUAUAUUCACGUCAGUAUAACUAACUCGUCAUGGCUCGUACCAAGCAGACCGCCCGUAAAUCCACUGGAGGAAAGGCUCCACGUAAGCAGCUGGCCACCAAGGCUGCCCGCAAGAGUGCGCCGUCCACCGGUGGGGUCAAGAAGCCCCAUCGUUACAGGCCCGGCACUGUGGCCCUGCGUGAGAUCCGUCGGUACCAGAAGUCCACUGAGCUGCUUAUCCGCAAGCUGCCCUUCCAGCGCCUGGUGAGGGAGAUUGCUCAGGACUUCAAGACCGACCUGCGCUUUCAGAGCGCCGCCAUCGGAGCACUUCAGGAGGCCAGCGAGGCAUACCUGGUGGGUUUGUUUGAGGACACCAACCUGUGCGCCAUCCAUGCCAAGCGUGUCACCAUCAUGCCCAAAGACAUCCAGCUGGCACGCCGCAUCCGCGGAGAGCGUGCUUAGAUGCCGCCCUUCUUUCUUUUCUCUUUACAAUGUUUCAGCUCUAUUCUCUUUUUUCUUUACCUCUAACUGUCCUCACCUUCACUCCUUCGUUCCCCCCGCCCUUCCAUCUCACUCCUCAGCCCCCUCUCCCUGUAUUCUUCUUGGUAGACUUUAGAGUAACGGUGAUUAUGAUGAGAUAGAAACGUGUUUGAAAAGUCUCGUUUCUCAUAGUUUUUGUCUUCAGCAGAUGCUUUAGGGUACCUUUUUUGUGCAUGUAGUAGGUGUCGCUGAUCAGACA